GGGGCCGGCGUUGCCAUGGAUACUCGGGCGAAUGACGCAAUCUCUACGCGCGCUGCGCGGGCCGAUGAGGUGGUGAAUCCGUCUCCACGUCGCAUCAGCUGCAAGCGGGGUAGCGGGGCCAAGAUGGCGGAGGCAGAAGAGAGCCGGGCUGGGGGAGCCGCGAAACCGCUGUUUGCAGGUCUCUCAGAUGUGUCAAUAUCAGAAGAUAUUCCAGUGGAAGGGGAGAUCACAGUUCCUGUUGGAUCUCACUCCCCUGAUGAAGACUACUCCACAUUGGAUGAACCUGUUAAGGAUACUAUUAUGCGAGACCUAAAGGCAGUUGGAAAGAAAUUUGUGCAUGUCAUGUAUCCCAAAAAGAGCAGCGCGCUCCUCAGAGACUGGGAUCUUUGGGGUCCUUUGGUGCUGUGUGUUUCACUUGCACUGAUGCUUCAGGGAGGGUCAGCAGACAGUAAAGAAGAUGGAGGUCCCCAGUUUGCUGAGGUCUUUGUUAUCAUCUGGUUUGGAGCAGUUGUCAUUACACUAAACUCAAAACUGCUUGGAGGAACCAUAUCUUUUUUUCAGAGUCUUUGUGUCCUGGGUUACUGUGUCCUGCCUCUGACAGUGGCUAUGCUCGUGUGCAGGCUGGUACUACUAGCAAGCUCAGGGACUGUCAGCUUCAUUGCGCGACUUGCUGUAGUGAUGGCUAUGUUUGGCUGGUCAACCCUAGCAUCCACAGCCUUUCUGGUAGACAGCCAGCCUCCAAAUCGCAAAGCUCUUGUUGUUUACCCCAUCUUCCUCUUCUACUUUAUCAUCAGCUGGAUGAUUCUCACCUUUACACCUCAGUGAUGAGGGAUCAACAGAGACGGCACAACACAGAACUGGAAGUUUUCAUAGGUGCUGCUAUUAAUUUGUGGACUUUAUCUCCAAUUCAUAGAUAUUGCGUACCGUAAAAAAAAGCAGGCUAUGGAAUAAAGCCAGAGAGCUGAAGCAUUUAUCAUUUCUAAGAAUGAGAUAUACAAGGAGCCAGUUGCUCGAAAGAUGCAGAAAUCCAGCUACCGAAUUUUAUUUAAUCCUGCUGUUUAGUAUAAAUAAAAAAAUGCCCAGUCUGAGAGAGACUGUCUCAUCUGAGGAAUGCAGACUAGGGAAGGAAGUUUCUUUUGAAAAUAGAGAGGAUAAAAUCCUAUCCUGGAACUUCAAGAAAAUUGAUAACUGAAGACUAGGUAAUAACUAUCUGACUUAGCAGAAUUCCAGUUCAUGCUUCGAGUUCUCUUUAAACUGAAUAUUGCCCUAUGAAUAAUAGAACACAUUUUCUGAUUCAUACUGGGUAGGGAAGAAAGGUAUCUAAAUCCUGUCUUCUAGACGUGCAAAGAGGUGAAAUCUAUACAAAGUGCAUCACAGGGGCAAUAAUUUUUCCUUUUCAGAUCAAAUUUCAGGUCUCAGCAAAAAUAAGCAUGUUUGCUCCAUGCUUUUCUUCAUCAGAGCAUGUCUGAAAGGAGCCGUUUCUGUUCAUACUGAUGCAAACUGCUCUUGUGCACUUACGCACUUCAGUCAUUUCAUGUGUGUUGGGAACAAUUCACAAGCUAAAUGUCUCAAAUACUAGUGUGACACUAACUGAUCCAUACAAUUUCAUGAGGAGAUGGUGUUUGCACUGGACACUUACAAAUUCCUCUUUGACAUUCUGAUCUUGGGUUACCAAAGUCCAGAAGAAGGCUUCAGACUCUAUACUUUGAAGGUGAUGGCACUGAUUGCCCAGCUAUCACUCUGCAACUUUUGAACAGAGAAUUGGGCAGUGUACCAUCGCUGCAAUGAAUUCCUACUGAGUGAACUGAACUUUUGGUACUUGAGACGUUUGCCCAUUAGCAUACAAAACAAGGACUCAAGCCUGUUAUAAUAAACCUGUUAUAAUAUUUAGGACGGAGGAAUGAAUUAAAUGGUCCAUAAGUGAAGAUAUUGGCCGUUCUGAACUAGUAUGGGUAUCUGGUGCUUAAUUGCUUAGUGACUUAUAUUUGGUGUUUAGAGGGGUGGCACUUCCAUGUAAAUGUUAGCAUUUGUGCAUAUAGCUCCUGCUUUUGGUAGGGGAAAAUACGAAAUUUCUGUAGAUUUAGACUGAAUAUUUAUAAACGGGGAUGGAAUCUUCCUUCAAAUAUGUGUACAUGCCUGUUCUGCAGAAGCUGAUACAGGUACACAAAUGUGCCAGUCCAUCUCUAACACAAAGAUAACCUCCUCCAUAGGUACUCUUUGAGAAUCACACAGAGGUUAUUUGUAUUGUAUAGGAAGCACCAUAGAAGGAGAGCUGCAGAACAUCAAAACUUGGGGUUGAGGGUAGGGGGGAGAAAGUUACUGUUCAAAUAUAUAGUUCAUUCUAAAGAUGAACAUAAUUUCAUGCAUUCUCAUAUAGUAGCAGGUGCAAAAUAGUCCUGAAAUUGAAUAGUCAGAUCCUAUUGAGAUGUAAAUAUACUUAGUUUUAUUUUUAAAUGUGAAGUGCAUAUCUUUUCUAAACACUCUCAUAGACACACAUUUAGGAUCCCAGAUCACUGACUGUAGAUUGUAAGAAAUUAAUUAAUGUUUGGCGGAUGCGAAGGGGGAGAUAACUGAUUUAGUUACUCCCUGCGAAGACCUGAAUUUAGGCUCCUGCUUCUUCCUGUCUGCAAUAGUUGACAUCAGUGAGUUUGUGGAACAGACAGCUUCAUUUACUGCCUUUCUUAUGCUAUGUUCAUUUGCUGCUGAGGGAGGUGCAAGUAUUCAGAUACUUAAUUGUAAAAUGCAAUAGUGCAUUUUUAAGUUCAUACUCAUUCUUACUGAUCUGGAAUGUGAAAUGGCUUUGUAUAUUUGUUUUUAAAGCUGUGCAGUUCACCUUUUCAGUCCCGUUAAAUCAAGUGCACUUUAUAAGAUGUCAAAAACGAAUAGCUUAGGCAAGUGAAAAAGAUAGAAAAUCGGUUAGACCAUUAAAAUUAGACUCUUUGGGCCCAGUUCUUCAUUCGCUCCUCAAAUGAGUACUCUCAUCGAGGUCAGUGGAAUUGUUUAUAAGAGUAAGAAUUACAUAAUCAAAACCUAGAUGUGCACACUUUCCAGAAAGUCAAUCUUUUCUGAAAGAUUUGAUUUUUCUUUUUCCCCAGUGUCUCUUAUGAUUUAAACUGUCAGGUAUGUGAAUUUCUUUAAAAUAACUAACAUUAGAAUUUAUCAAUAUCUCUUUGAGAGGGGAGAGUUGUCAGGAAAGAAGAGGUUUUUUUAAUUUAAACUACAAAUGUUGUGAGAAGCAUGAUUUAAAACUCUCCAUUCUUGCUUUAUUUUGUUUACUUCUGAGCUUCAAGGUGGCUUGUUCUAUGAGAAUUAAUAUAUUGCUCUUAGGUUGUGAAUGGUGCAGGAGGCUUAUUUUUAUCAUUUAAAAGUAGCCAUUAUAGGGGUUUUAAUCUACAGAGUUUUUAAUGUGAAAAGGAGUAGGGAAAAAUGUUCUGGUUAUACAGUAAAGGUGUAACUUUUGGCUUGUAGCAGUAAUGCCUUUGAGCGUAGAAACUGCCCCCUUUCAAAGCAGUAGUCUACAAAUGCAGAUACAUGUGUUUAGAAAGCAGAACGCCCUAAAGUCUUUUGCAGUGACAACAGGAUGCAGGUGAGGAACUGUAUAUAUUCUGAAGUUUCAUGCUUCCAGUUGAAUAAUGCUACUUUUUUUUUUUUAAACCAUCACUGCUUCUAGUUGUUACAGUUCAUUGUCACAAUAAAUCCACCCAACUGCACUUACACUGGUAUCAACAGGGGAAUUUAUUUCAAGUAUGCAAUAAACCCCUUUCAAAAUAAAUCUCUAUACAGCAUUAUUAUCUGUUUUGAAGAAGCUUGUCUGCAUAUAUGUCUUGGUCUGUUAGCUGAAGGAGAAAGGGAAAUGUUUGCAUUUUUGAACGUCUGACCCUUUUUGUAAACAAAGCCUUAUCUUACCAAAAAAAUGCUAAGAAGGCAAGCAGCCCUGAAUAUGGGCAUCAAGUUGUAUGGCUUCACAGUUGCUCCUUUCUGUUAAUUUUAUUUCAGUUCAUAAAAGCUAGAAGCUAAAAUUGUCUAAUUUUCUAUGAUGCUUGUGAACAGGAAGUUGACUGACUAUAGAGUAAAAUAUUACUAUAACCUGAGGACUCUCCAUCUUAAGAGUUUGAUUGUGAUGUCCGAAAUGCAUGUGUUCUGGAGUGAUUUAACCAAGGCGCACACAUUGCUCGUGUUUGCUGUAGUUAAAAUACACCUAAAAUAGUUUAUGGGUAACCUGAAGUACCUAUUGAUAAAAUGUUUCCAUACUAAUAUGUGGACAGGUAAAGAACCAGUCUACAGAUGUUCAUUCAUCUGUUAGAUGAAGAGAGAAGAUUUGCACUCUUUAUUUAUUAUUCACAACAUAGUAUGAUUGAAAUUUUGUGUGUGUACAACAAAUCUUCCCUUUGUGACUUAAAGGGAUAACAGCAACUGAAAAAAAUCACACUUCUGUCUGAAGCCUUUUCUGUUAUUAACAGCAGGUACAAAGAUGACUAUAGCUCAAUAAAAUUUGACAGCAUUUUGUUUACAGUUAGCUUACUGCUGUUCAAGUUGAUUUGUUCCCACAGCUUUUGGGUGGAGGUAAAGGAUUUAAAAAUAGGAAAAUGAAACUGCAAAAUCACAAAGCCUGGACAGGUGGAAUACCUGCACCGACUUCUAAUUUAUCUUUAAAAACUGACUAAUUCCAGUUGACUAUGUUCCUUCAAAACUGCAGCAUUUUAUGAAGUCCUGGGGUAACAUAAUGAGUGGUUCUAAAUCUACUCUCAACAUGCUGAUCUGAUUGUAAAUCAUAUACUCAUUGCAUCUGGCUUAUAUCUUUGUAUUCCUCCAAAAGAAUGUGUACAGUUAAUCCAUAUAAGCACAAUAUUUAUUUAAGUUUAUGAUUUGAGGAUGGAUAUGGUCACUUACUGUCUUACUUACCAAGGGGGAAAAGUGUCUCCUUCCAUUUUACAGUUGGUGGUGGGGAGAGGAGAAGGUCAGGGCAUGGGGAUUAGAGUAGACUUUUUGCCUUAACGAAAUGUAUAAUUUUUCUGCAGCGAAAGCAGAUGCUCUUGUGAUGCAUAAACUGCUAUUCUUUCCCACUCAAACUUUGAUACUGUCACUUGUAAGUUUUGAAAACCCCUUUGAAUCUGAAUUGUUUGAUCUUCUUCCCUUGUACAUACCAGACCUGUGAAAAAGAGAACAUGUAAAUUAUUUGUUAAAUUUUAAAGUAAUAAAUUAAAAUAUUGAAAGGGA